AAAAUAGUUCGGUUCCUUGUCUGUCAAUGCAUGUAUACUGGCAGAGCGUUCCUUACCAACGCCAAUUCGAUGAACGAAAAUGGAAAGCCAUCCGGAUCGCGAGCCCCAUAAGCAUGAGCGACAUCAUCCAGACUCGAAUAUUCGCAGAAGGGAGCCAAUUGCGAGGCAAGAUUACACAGCAUCUAUUAACCGUGGUUAUAUGAGAUGCGAGGGCGCAAAUUACGCACUGGAGCGCAAUACGGCCAAUUGAACACAGCUUUGCACUCAAGGGGUAAGUCUAUAAAGUCCUCGCGCAAUCUCUGGAGGUAUCUCCAACAAAUUCUUUUCACAAGAGCACGCCACCAGAUCAGUGGGCUCCUUCCCGAAAACAUUCACAAUGAAGACGACAAUUCUCCUCUCAAUUUUCACCGCUGUAGCGGUCGCCUUGCCCGCCCUUUCAACGAAGGAACCAAGUCUCAGCAAUAGCAUCAUCGCUCGCGCACCCAAGGAGGCUCAGGCACGGAUCAGCAAUGUCAAACUAUCCGGCAAUGGCUGCAGCUUCCCCGACCCAGAGAACACAUUACCCAUAUUGACGAACGACCCGUCGAAGGAUUAUCACAAUUUCACGCUGGCUUUCUAUAAGAAUACGAUGGUCGCUAAGUCCACCCCGGAAAAGUCCACCAAAGUCGAGUGUCGUGCUGCCUUGGAUCUUCACCUCCAUGAAGACUGGAAGGUCACCAUCAACAAACGGUGGGUGGCGAGGGGAACUACGGAUGGCCUGAACGGAAACCUCAUCAACGCUGUUAGUAUUGGGGAUAAGAAGUCCCUAGUACGCGUUCGACUGUCACCUGGAGGACCAAAGAAGGGAGAUUUCGGCAUGAGUGCCGGGGGGAAUGAAGGCGUAACGGGUUACGGAGGAACGUCUCCCCUCGCUGUAACAAUCGAUGUCAGCCUCGAAAUUUUUGCGAGCCAGUCUGGGGCUCUGAACCUUGAGGCUGUGGAUAAUUUCUUUGAAUACUCAAAGAAGGAUUAAGCAAGAGUUUGUGGAAUGGAUUUGUCGUGUACUUACAUAGCAACUGGGAAUUCUCGGAAUAAGACGCACGGAGUCUAGCAAUAUAGGAAUACUCCUUUUACGGCAAGCGUUGUUUCUGGGCGUACGUCUUCCCGAUUUCUCAACGCUUAGAACAGAUAUCAUCAUCCGUUUAGCAAAAUGAAUAGGAG